AUGAAUGGCAGCCCCAUGUGGAAAAACACAGACCUCAUUUUUCCAACCAUUUCUCCUCCUAGGUGCACAAAAUAUUGCAGAGUCUACAACAUCACAGGACUGUUUGCACAGAUCAAAUUAUAUGAAUCAUACAACAUGAGCGUUGAGGUUGUUGAAAACAGCGAGUCAACAAAUUGCACAAAAGCAGUUUUCAGAGGUUCCCCAAAGAGCUUGUUGCGAUGUGGUCCUCCAUACAGCGUGUCCUUCAGUCGCCACUCUGGAAGGCUAGUUGUGAAUGUGAGCUGGCAAAAGGAGGACGCAAAGGCCAUUAAAAAAUACUUUGUGAGAUAUAAAGCACUGGGCAGCCUGUCAUGGAGCAAGUCACCCGUGGAAUCCCAAAAUGGAGAGAAUUGUACAGUGGAGAAUCUAAACUCCUCACUGGUGUACACUACACAGAUACGGUGUGUCACUAAUGCGAAAUGUUCACAGUGUGGAUGGAGCGAAGCCUACACCGUGCCAUCAGAACUAACUACACAGCCUGUCAUAGUCAACCUAACUGACAUUGCAAAGAAAGAUGGCCACCGGCAGCUUUUUUUAACCUGGAAGUUUCCUGCCAAAGAGCUGUAUGAUGGCUACUAUGUGACCCUUGGGAAGGCGUCAGGAGAGGCAUGGGAGUGGAUGAACACCACUCAGCCUGAGAUCAGACUGAUUCUCUCCUCUUCAGCUUAUCAUCUCACCAUCAGUGCUUUCAACAACGCUAGCAUCUCCCCAGCUGUGAGCCAGUUAAUUCCACAGCGAGAAGACAUGCUGAGUAUGGGAGCGGGGAACCUGAACCUAACAGUACACAACAACACAUCUUUUACCAUCUACUGGAAAGACAAUCUUAUCAAAAAACAUGUCUGCUAUUCUGUGGAGUACAUGACAAAGGGGCAGAAAGCAGCGUACAUGUCAUUUUAUCAGAACGCAAACAACUCUCGGACCUUAUCUCCUUUAUCAGAGCCUUUGGAGCCGUACAAGAGAUACAACAUCACUCUACACACACGGCCAAACAAGGCGACCUGCAACAUGAAGCAUGUAAACAACAGCGAGAGCACCUAUGGGAGUACACAGUUCUAUUUCAUUGAAGGAUCUCCUGUCAGCGCUCCCACAAACAUCAGCAGCUACACUGUGACGCUGAAUUCAGUGGUGCUGCAGUGGUCGUCCAUCCCGGAGGAAGACAUCAGAGGUUUCCUACUGGGUUACAUAAUCUACUACACCGAGUACAAUGUCGGAGGGACAAGUACAGAGAGAAAUAUUACAGUGGAUCCAACGUUAAACAGCUAUGAAUUGGGGGAUCUCAAAGGUGGCACAGCAUACAAAGUCCAAAUAUCAGGUUUCACCCAGGCAGGAGCAGGAGUACGAAACACAGAAAGCAUCUUUAAAACUAAAUCUGAAGGGUUUUCUAACUUCAGUGGUGUCAUCAUAGUCUUUGCAGUUGUGGCCACUGUGCUGAUGUUCGGAUCGGCGAUAAUAAAAAGAGCAAAAGUCAUUCUGUGGCCAAGCAUACCUAACCCUGGGAACAGCAAUGCAUUGCAGAAGAUGAUAGGACCCUGUGAACUGGAACUAUUAGAGUCCAUCAAUGCUCUGAAGGCGGAAGAAUGGGAUACAUACAGCCUUCAGAUAGUUGAGAAAGAAGAUGUGAUCACUGCUAGCACAUUACCGCUUUAUCACGUCUUAGAGGAUGAGGAAGACUCACCAGACAGUUCUUGUAACUGGAUGCAAAGAGACAAAGAAGAUGCAAGUGGAGGCAUCCCACCUGUCAUCACUGGAGAGACAUUCCAAGACAUCCAACAGACAGACCUCCAGAGUUCUCCUUUCGCCUUUUCAAGUGAAUAUACAACAAUGGAACAGUUUCAGCAAGGGAUUCCUCAGGGAAUGUCAGCAAAUACAUCAGUUACCCAAGCCACGGAAAGCAAACCCGAGGACCCGGACUUGACCGUGGUAACAUCAAAAUUGUCCGUAUAAGGCCGGUCUCGGACCGCAAGAAGAUUUGACUGCAGAGCAAGGGUAGGGUAGCUCCGUCCGUAGGGAGUUGGGUUGGGGACUGGAGUGUCACGGGUUCAAGUCUACAUACGGACCAAAGUAUGGUGGACUGGUAGCUGGAGAGGUGCCAGUUGACCUCUUGGGCACUGCCAUGUUGCUCUUGAGCAAGGCACCACACCCCA